AUGACUGACCAUUUCUUUCAAAGAGCGAAUUCUUUAUGGUAUAUACCUAUUAUCGGAGGCCUUGUACAAUUCGCUAUUGUGACAUUUCGGCCUAAUUUAAUGCCCUAUGAAAUUUUGGGUCCAUACGGUCAAUUUACGAAAUUUUUAGCAUAUAAUCAUCAUUGUUCGCUUGUGUGGGGCUUUUGGAUUGCUAUUGGUUUACAUUUUUUGGAAGCAGUAAUUGCUUAUAGAAUAUGUCGAAAAUUACAUAUUGACGCUUUCAAUACAAUUCGAUGGUUCCUACAGACAUUAUCGUUAGGUUAUGUUUCGUUGGGUAAAUUAAGAAAAUAUGCAGCAAAGAAACGAUAA